AGUAAUAUGUAUUUAAGUUAUGCACAUAGCCAUCAUGGUGUAAAGUAUUUUAAUAGAUUUGUACAUUAUUUGUUUUGGAGACUACAUGAUAUAACAUAUUUAAAAAAUAAUAGAAAAUUUAGUCAAACAACAGGUGAAGCUGAGAAUAAUAUUGAAAAUACACAUGUACCAGUCAUGGUUGAAAAAGUAUUACAUUACUUAAAGCCAUCUCCAGGAAAAAUUUUUGUGGACAUGACAUUUGGUGCUGGUGGACAUUCGACCAAAAUUUUAGAAUCUUCACCUGAUGUGAAAAUAUUUGCAUUAGACAGAGAUCCUAUUGCACAUCAACAUGCACAAGAAUUAUCAGAAAAAUAUCCUGGUCAAGUAAUACCUUUAUUAGGUAGAUUUUCUGAAUUACCACAAUUGCUUUGUAAAUAUAAAGUGAAAACAAGUAGCAUAGAUGGAUUUUUGUUUGAUUUUGGUUGUUCAUCUAUGCAACUUGAUGUUGCUGAAAGAGGAUUUUCUUUAUCAAAAAAUGGACCUUUGGAUAUGAGGAUGGAUGGAUUUCGAUGUCCACUAGAACCUACAGUUGCUGAUGUUUUAGAACAAAUAACUGAAAUAGAUUUAGUUCACAUCUUAAGAUUUUAUGGUGAGGAGAAGCAAGCUAAGAAAGUUGCACGUGCUAUUAUCAAUGCUCGAUAUACCUUUAGAAGUUUAAGAAGUACACAAGAAUUAGCUCAACUUGUUGAAACUGUAAUUUCUGAGAAAAGAUUUGAUCUACUGGGUAGACAUUCUCAUUGUGCAACAAAGACAUUUCAGGCUCUUAGAAUAUUUGUAAAUAAUGAAUUAAAUGAAAUUAAUUAUGGUAUUAUCAUUGCUGGAUCAUAUUUAAAAAUAAAUGGAUGUUUAGUAACAAUAUCAUUCCACUCUUUGGAAGAUACAAUUGUUAAAAGACAUAUGUCUGCAAACAUAACAGAAACUGUGGCUAAUAAACAACCAUUAAAAUAUUCAAAUUAUGGUAAAUAUUAUAACUCAGCUGAAAUGGAAGAAUUUAAUAAAACACCUUGGAAAAUGUUACAUAAACAUGUAGUAACACCUACACCUGAAGAAAUAAAUAUAAAUCCAAGAUCACGUUCUGCAAAAUUACGAGCACUUAGUAAAGUGAUAUAA